AUGCUGAAGGCGGGUGCCCUCGUGGUGCUGGCGACGGUGUCCCUCGCCGCGCCUGACCUGCAAGCCGCCACGACUAAGGACCUAAACAACACGCUGCCCGCCGAACAAUAUUUCAUAAAUCAGAUCUUCGACAAGUAUGGAUACAAAGGUGUCAUCACGUUCGAGGGCUUCGAACAUCUCCUGGAUAGUCUGGGACUAGGUGGGCGUGUGUUCACAUCACCACAUGACCUAGCGAUCCACCGCGUCAAUGGGACCUUUCGUCAAUUGCAUGAUACCCAACACAGGCACAAGCGAUCGCCUGCAAUCGCAGAACCCAUUUUAAAGAAGCCAUGUUUAUCUCCGAAAGAGAUACUCGAAGUUUAUGGGAUGGAAAAUGAGCCAGGAGUUAUCACCAUUAAUCCAAAAACAUUUCUAGAAAUGUGCCCUGCUCUAGUUUACCAACUGGACCAACGGUCGUGCUAUAAAAUUGAAGUGCCGCCACCCAAACAAGAAAGAUAUUUGACCUGGUUAUAUGCAAGCUUGAGCAUUCUAGUAAUUAGCGCAACCGGCCUUUUCGGAGUGGCAAUAGUGCCUCUAUUGAAGUCGGUUAUAUUCAGCCACGUGUUACACUUUCUCGUUGCUGUAGCAGUUGGUACGCUUUGCGGUGACGCGUUGCUACAUCUGCUGCCGCACGCUCUCAAAUCGCACGGGCCGCCCUCCGAACCGCAGGAAGAAACCGAAGUGGUGCUCAAAUGCAGCGUCACUUUCUUAACAAUACUGCUGUUCUACGCCGUGGAAGCGGUUAUGCAAACGAUAACUGGAGGCCACGGGCACUCGCACGACCAUUCCCAUGGGAAGGCAGUUGAAGAAGUGAAAGUGGAACCCGCUAAGCAAACAGAACCGAUAGAACUUGGCGCGAUGAUGCCAGGGUCGCCGCCCCCGCCAGUAGAGCGGCCUAUGACGUCGACCGCUCUCAUGGUAAUCGUUGGUGAUGGCCUGCACAACUUGACUGACGGGCUAGCGAUCGGUGCCGCGUUCAGCGGAGAUCCAGUAACGGGUUUCGCCACCGCUCUGGCUGUGUUUUGCCACGAGUUGCCCCACGAGCUGGGCGACUUUGCCGUACUACUCCGCUCCGGUAUGAGCAUAAGGCGUGCCCUUUAUUACAAUUUGCUAUCCUCGGUGUUGAGUUUUAUGGGAAUGGCUGGCGGUAUUUGGUUGGCGGAGGACCACGAGUCGGCCUCCCAAUGGAUAUACGCGGCCACAGCUGGGACGUUCUUUUACAUUGCGCUCGCUGAUCUAGUUCCGGAGAUAAAUGAGAAUAAUCACGGGAAAAGUAUUAAUUUAUUCCUCGCAGUACUUGGUAUACUGACCGGAGGAGUUAUAAUGCUUAUGAUAGCUUUACACGAAGAUUCUAUACAGUAUCUGUUUAGGAGUGCGGAACAA